AUGGAUACAAUAAUACAAAAAAGACAGAGACUAGGAAAGGAUAUUAUUGCAACGAGCAGUUUGACAACUCUAGCACUAUUAAUCGUCCUCAAUGUAUGCCAAGUGUCAAGAGGCAAUCCGGUUUUUGUGGAUAAUCCUAGUUUAGCUCAAUUUCAAUCCGGACGAAAUAUCCGCCAUCUUCCAUGUAUUGUUCGUAAAUCCGGUAUGUCCGGAGUUUGCAUGUUUGCCAUAGAUUGCAUCAAACAAAAUGGUACACACUUGGGAACUUGCAUAGAUCGAUUUUACUUUGGAUCAUGUUGUCAAAUGAAGGAUGAAUCACAAAUAUUUGCUGAAGAAAUAAGUGACAAUAGUAUAGAUCAAAAUACGAUAUCACACUUCUCGCAUGAGUCAACAACACAAUUGUCAACAAAUGCUCUCUUCAAAGCACCCACUGAAAGUUUGAUUGAAAGUCUUGGUGUAAGAAAUCAUUCAACAAUUCACCCAUAUGUUCAAGUUUCAACAAUCACCCAUAUGGCUCCAAAGACAGAGAGUACAACAAUGAAAUUUAUCACAACAUCAAAACUACCAACUGCAAGUAUUACAAUGACAACAACGACCACAACAACAACCACCCAAAAACCAACUUCAACAACAACCUCAUCACCAACAACGACAACAAUUAAGACACCAACAAGAAGAAGAACAACUACAACAACUGCUCCAAUUUUGACAAUUGCCCCCAACUCUAGUGUGAGUGAGAAUGAUUUUGAACCAACAACGCUGCCAAGUAAAUUCACGACAUUCCAAGUGGUCGAGACAUCAACACCAAAUAAACAAACAGAACCAACUUUGAUUGAAGAAAUUCAAUUCACCACAACUAUGAGAAUUCCAUCGCAUUCACAAAGACCAUCUACCGAUUCACCAAGGACUAAGAAGCCAAUAAUUACCAAAAUUCCAGCGGCAAAUUUUACAACUACCCAAACAACUGAAAGACCUGCUUCAAGAACAACUCCCAAGUAUAAACCUACUCUGGUUAAGCGUCCAACAACUACAAAGAAACCAUUCCACUCGAAUAAGCGUCCAUCAUCAUCAACAUCAUCAUCAACAACACCAACAACGACAACAACUCCUAAAACAAAAUACACUAGAAAACCUGUAGUUCAUGUUGAAGUUCAUAACUCUACAUCUUCUUCACCAACUAGAAAUGAUCCCCCAGCAACAACAGUCAAAGUUACACCACUCUCUCCAGAACCACCAACUAGAGCUCCUAGACCAAAGCCAAAACCAACAUCAGAAAUCUUCAAAAUCACCAUUCCAACAGCACCAACUAAUCAAAAAGCUGAGCUUACAACAACAAGAACGAGACCACCAACAUCAACAAUUUCUUCAACAACUCCCACAACAGUUUCCACAACAACUCCGAUUUCAACAACAAGUGAAACCGAAAAAGCUACACAAUCUCCUUUGGUAUCAUCGACCACAACCGAAUCUUUGACCUCAAGUUCAACAACAUCCACAAAAGCUGAAGUUCCAUCUCCGUCGUCUACAAGUCCAACUACAUCUUCAACACCUCCCUCAAAACCAUCACCCACGGUGGAAAACUUCCCCGAGCCAACAUCCACUUACCGACCCACCCUUGUCACAUGGACAACGGUAGAUGAUAAUAAAAACAACACCCACAUUACAAUUGAAGAAACCGACUGGCAACCAAAACCUCCACCAGCUGAUUGGGUACCAGUUCCAACAAUUGAUCCAGAAGUUGCAGCCAAUAAAAACAACACACUUUCCGAGACUUCUUUAGAUUCUGGUACAACCGAAGGUGUAAAGAAACCUUCUUCUUCUACAGAGUCGAACAAGAUUCCAGAAUUACCAUCAUCAACAAUUGGGCCAGUCUUGGAUUUAGCACAAAAUACUUCAAUACCCCAAGCUACGGCGACUGAAGGUGUUCCAAUGUCAAGCAGCUCUACAGUAUCUUCAUCAACAGCGAAACCGACAACAACAUCUACAACACAAACUGCAUCAACAAGUUCAACAACUCAGCGUCCAAGUGAAACUGUCACUGAGAGUUUAAUCCCUGAAACAAGUACAGAUAUGCCAACAGAAGACUUUAAUGCAACAACAUCAAUGCCUUUCACAACCACCUCAGCAAUUCCAUCAUUGGAAGGAGUCGACUACAGGCAAGUUUGUGGCCGAAGAAUGUUCCCUGAACCAAGGAUUGUUGGUGGUUCGAAUGCAGCUUUUGGCAGAUGGCCUUGGCAAAUUUCCCUAAGACAAUGGCGAACAUCGACUUACCUUCAUAAAUGUGGAGCAGCAUUAUUAAAUGAAAACUGGGCCAUUACAGCUGCACAUUGUGUUGACAAUGUUCCACCUUCUGAUCUCUUACUUCGUCUGGGAGAAUAUGAUUUGGCUGAAGAAGAAGAACCUUAUGGCUAUCAAGAGAGAAGAGUUCAAAUUGUUGCAUCACAUCCCCAAUUCGAUCCUAGAACAUUCGAAUAUGAUUUGGCACUUUUGAGAUUUUAUGAACCAGUUGUCUUCCAACCAAAUAUUAUUCCCGUUUGUGUGCCUGGUUCAGAUGAAGACUUUAUUGGACAGACAGCUUUUGUCACAGGAUGGGGAAGACUCUAUGAGGACGGUCCACUACCGAGUGUGCUUCAAGAAGUUGCUGUGCCAAUUAUCAACAACACUAUCUGCGAAACGAUGUACAGAGCAGCUGGUUACAUUGAACAUAUUCCUCAUAUCUUCAUUUGUGCUGGAUGGAAGAAGGGAGGUUAUGAUUCAUGCGAAGGUGACUCUGGUGGUCCAAUGGUGCUUCAAAGAGAAAUGGACAAGAGAUUCAUUCUUGGUGGAGUUAUUUCUUGGGGUAUUGGCUGUGCUGAACCUAAUCAACCUGGAGUUUAUACAAGGAUUUCAGAAUUUCGUGACUGGAUUAAUCAAAUUCUACAAUUCUAGGAUCAUGUUUUUAAAGAAGCAAAAACCUAUACAGUUACUCAAGAAUAAUAGUUAUGUGAACUCCCGUAUAUAUUUCACCAGAGCUUAAAGAAUAGGUGAAUCUUUGAUAGAUGACAAGAGUUUAUUCCGUGAUUUAUAAAAAGGGACAAACAACAAAAAAGUAUUCUAGCAACAAACAAACUUGUUCUCUGGUUAUAAAGUGACAACAACAACAACAACUGCAAGUUUUCAACACAAGACAUUCUUUAUAACCAAAGUAACGACUUAAAGGCAAAAUAGAAGCAAUUUAUUUAUUUAAAAAAAAAACGAGAUGUUUAAUUGUUUGCAAUAGUAAAUAAUAUAAGUUAGUUUAUAAAUAAAAACAAA